GGGGCGUGUCAGUGCCUGUGCUGGCAGUGCGGUGAUGAUGGCGGUCUGUGCGCUCCUCUCCGGGGUCCUCUUUGCCCUGCUGGCGGUGGGGGAUCCGCUGGCCGCCCCCCUGGAGCCCUAUGACUUCUUGUACGAUAACGGGGUGGAGGCGUAUUUCCGCUUCGAUUGGCCCUCCGUCAUCCUGAACAUGGAAAAGGCGCUGCGGAACCGGGAUCUGGUCCGCCGGUACCGCAUCUCGUGCAGCGUGCAGUGCGCCUCCGCCGGAGACUUGUCGGGACAGCCCCGGGAGGCGGGAGCCGUGCAGGACCUGAGCUUCUUCCAGAGGGUGCUGGAGCGGGCGGGCUGUGUGCGGCGGUGUGAGGAGGAGCGGAUCGGAGCCCCGGCUGUCCGCUAUGUGAUCGGGGAAGAGCUGGAGCUGGAGUUCAGGAAGAGGAGUCCCUACAACUACCUCCAGGUGGCCUACUUCAAGAUCCAAAAACUGGAUAAGGCCGUGGCGGCAGCUCACACCUUCUACGUGGGGAACCCCGAUCACAUGGAGAUGCGGCAGAACUUGGAGUAUUACAAGGUGAUGGCUGGCGUGUCGGAAUCCGACUUCAAAGACUUGGAAGCCAAGCCGCAUAUGCAAGAGUUCCGCAAGGGAGUCGGCCAUUACACAGACGAGGAGUAUGCCGUUUCCAUUGUCCACUUUGAAAAAGCCUUGGAGGAAUAUUUUGUCGCAGACCUUGAAUGUCGCAGUCUUUGCGAAGGACCCUACGACUAUGAAGGUUACAACUACAUGGAUUACAGUGCAGAUUUAUUCCAGAGUAUUACUGAUCAUUAUGUACAGGUGAUGAACUGCAGACAAGCUUGUGUCUCUGAACUGGCCACACCGCCUGGCAAAGAGAAGCCCAUUGAAGAUUUCCUCCCAUCGCACUUCAACUACCUGCAGUUCGCCUACCACAGCACUGAGAAUUACACCAAAGCGAUCGAAUGUACGAAGACCUACCUAUUGUUCCAUCCGACGGACGAGGUGAUGAAUCAGAAUUUGGUGUACUACACCGCGGUCCUGGGGGAGGAACAAGCCGCUUUUAUUGAACUCCGAGAAGAUGCAAAGACAUACAUGCAACGCAGUCUGCUGGAGAAAGAGCUGCUGUAUUUUGCCUAUGAUACUUUUGGAAUUCCCUUUGUUGACCCUGACACAUGGACACCACGAUAUGUAAUGCCCAAGAGACUUCAAGAAAAACAAAAGAUGGAGCGUGAGACAGCGGCAAGAAUAUCUGAGGAAAUUGGAAAUCUGAUGAAAGAGAUUGAAAAUCUGGUGGAUGAAAAAACCAAGGAGGCCAUGGAUAUGAACGGUGUCAGAAGCGGUGUCAGAGAAGGCGGUCCAGUUCUGUUUGAUGAUGUCAGCGUUGUGAUGAAUUCAAAUACCCUGAACGGAUCUCAGAGGGUGGUGACUGAUGGGGUCAUCUCUGAAGACGAAUGCCGGGAACUCUUACGGCUCACCAAUGCCGCAGCCUCCGCUGGUGAUGGCUAUCGAGGUACAACCUCCCCCCACACUCCUAAUGAGAAGUUCUAUGGGGUAACCGUCUAUAAAGCUCUAAAGAUGGGCCAAGAAGGGAAAGUGCCAUUGAAAAGUGCGCACCUUUACUAUAACGUCACCGACAAAGUGCGACGAUUGGUGGAGUCUUACUUCCGCCUGGAAAACCCUCUGUACUUCUCCUAUUCUCAUCUGGUGUGCCGGUCAGCAAUUGAAGAGAAACAAGGGGACAGACAUGACCUCAGCCAUCCUGUCCAUGUUGAUAACUGCAUUUUAAAUGCCGAAGCUCUGAUGUGUGUAAAGGAGCACCCAGCAUAUACUUUCCGAGAUUACAGUGCCAUUUUGUAUUUAAAUGGAGACUUUGAGGGAGGAAACUUCUACUUCACAGAGCUGGAUGCCAAAACAGUCACAGCUGAGGUCAGGCCACAGUGUGGGCGAAUGGUGGGGUUCUCCUCCGGAGCAGAGAACCCCCAUGGAGUAAAAGCAGUCACUAAGGGUCAGAGGUGUGCGGUGGCAUUGUGGUUUACACUGGACCCCCGACAUAAUGAAAGGGAAAGGAUCCAAGCGGAUGAUUUGAUAAAGAUGCUUUUUAACACAGAAGACGUGGAUAUAUUUUUAAGCAACGAAUCUGCCAAAACAUCAGAAAGAAUACCUUCAGAAGGUGCAGCUGACGGCCCUGUGGACUCUGCGAAACAACCAGAGCCUCCGACGGCUCCAGACUCUGACCCUUCCAAGGAAGGGGUCCUGGGACCACCAUUGGAGUCCAUGCCAACAAAAACGGAAUUAUAACGGUAACCCAGACAUUGACCUUCAGACUGUUGCCUGGAUGGAAUCUGUGAAUCAGGGAUCCAUUGCCACAGAUCAUUUUCUUGAGGGAACUAAGCUGCCAUUACAGUAUACAUUUUUUAUUUUUUUCCUAAAGUAUUUGAAAAUGUUUUGUUAAAGGCAGUUUGACUCGUGAGCCUCCGUGAUCCGUCUGCCAGAGUGUGCUCAUGACAUAGACCUCGGCCUCCUACCCAACGUUUAUUUAAGAGGUUUUCUGCUGUGGACUGCAAAACAGAAGCCAAAAUCUUCUUUUCGGAGGAGGAUCUCAACAAGAUUUUUUUUAUCGUACGUUUUUCUACCCCCUUUAAAAAGAAAAAAAAAUGUUAUAUACGGUACUUCUUUUUAUUUUUUUCUCUCCUUUUUCUUUUUUUUUUCUUUCUUUAAUGAUGUAAAGCUCAAUUUCCGUUAACACAGGUGCUAUUUAUUAUUGCACUCCUUUUUGUGCAAUUUUUGGUGGUUGUCAGAAAAUCCAUUAUUUCCGGCCAUGUCUGUACUUGGAAACUGAUAUGAAAAGGGGACUUUAGAGUAUUUUCUGAACAAAAGACUGUAUAUGAAAUGUAAUUGUUGUUUCCAAGAGGAUUUGAUACAGCAUACAAUUGGACUAUAAAAAAAAAAAAACCCAAAGCAAA